AUGGCUGCCAACCUCAGAGACGUCAAAUUUCACCAGAAGCGCAAGCACGACGAAGUGGACAAGAAAGACCCUGCGUCCAUCUUGGCCAAAGACAGAGCCCACCACAAGAAGCUCAAGGUCACGUUCAAGGGCUUAUCCAACACGGUGUACGUGUCGCCAGCAGACGAGCCCCGCCUGGGCCACCAUCUCCACCGCGUCACGGCUCCUCUGUCGCCUCCACACCAGCAGAGGUCGCCCUCUCCCACCGAGAUGUCCCCACAGCACGAGCAUCUCCAUCCGCUUCUGCACCACCUCCAGCACUACGAGGGUCCCGUGGAAAACUCACCCCUCCUCACACCCAAAGACGAGGACGACGACGAUGACGAUGAGCACGCAUACCCCAAAAACGAUCCCUCACCAUCUCCUGGCACCUCCACAGCAUGCACCACCCCUCCUGCCAGCUCUCCAAUUAACGACACCAGUAAUAAUGACGAAAAAUCCUCCAACACCAGCCACCACGCCAACCUCGACACCAACACCGACUACAUCUCGCUCACGUCGUCGUUGCGGUUGCUCAACUCCAACAAAGAAAAGAUAACCGGAGAAAUGGCCCAACUCGCACAGCUCCAGGAGUUCCACAUGAAGAACAACGACAAGACGGAAAUCAUCAACUUCUUCAUGAAGUUGGUCAACAACGAAUUGGACCUUCCCAAGCCCAACAAGGUGUUGAAGGCCCCAACCGUGGACUGGGCAAAAUACCACUCCGGCUUGGGCCAGGUGUCUGCAGACUUCAAGAAAGAGUUGAGCUGCUCAGACAAACCGGACUCGUUGUAUAAAUCCCUCCGUCUCUUCGACAAAAUCUAA